ACCAGCCUGGUCUACAGAGCAAGAUCCAGGACGGGCACCAAAACUACACGGAGAAACCCUGUCUCGAAAAACAAAACAAAACAAACAAACAACAAUUCCAGCCUUAAAAAUAUUUUCCAGGCAGUUUGCCCUUUCGUCUUCACCCUCCUGUUCAGGUCCCAGUGUCUCGGGAUGGUCUCGCAGAACCGCGCGCGACCCAGCUGCCGCCAGCGUUCGCAAGGGAGCUGAGCCCAGCGGGGACGCCGCUCGGGGCCCUGUGGGCAAGAGGCUACAGCAGGAGCUGAUGACCCUCAUGAUGUCUGGUGACAAAGGGAUUUCCGCCUUCCCUGAAUCAGACAACCUGUUCAAAUGGGUAGGGACCAUCCAUGGAGCAGCCGGCACAGUAUAUGAAGACCUGAGGUAUAAGCUCUCACUAGAGUUCUCCAGUGGCUACCCGUACAACGCACCCACGGUCAAGUUCCCCACGCCCUGCUACCACCCCAACGUAGACACCCAGGGUAACAUCUGCCUGGACAUCCUCAAGGACAAGUGGUCCGCACUCUAUGACGUCAGAACCAUCUUGCUCUCUAUCCAGAGCCUGCUAGGAGAACCCAACAUCGAUAGCCCUUUGAACACACAUGCUGCGGAGCUCUGGAAAAACCCCACAGCAUUUAAGAAGUACCUGCAAGAAACGUAUUCAAAGCAGGUCUCCAGUCAAGAGCCCUGACGCAAGAUGUCCAGCUUCUCUCGUGUGUCGUCGUCUUCCUUAGGUGGUCUGUCCUUUCCUUGAUUUCUGAGCUGUGCUGUUAUUUUUGUUUUAUUGUUUUGUUUUUUUUUUUAAAUUAAGUCUGCUUGAGCCCUUUCAAUGUAUAUUAAAUAAAUACAUGUUGGUUGUUUUUGUAUUAAAAAAAAAUAUUUUCCAUAUAAGGAUGCUGAAGAGAACCCUCCCGGACCCCUCUCACUGAGGUGAGGAUACUUCUGCCCUUUGAGACCGUCUCACUUCUCCUCUGCUAAUAAUUAAUCUUGUGUCCCAUCAUUAAAUAACUGAGCUCCCUAAAGGCUGACUGGGAAUGCUGCUUGGCUCAGCAUGUGGUGUGGGGGAAGGGCCAAUAGUGACAGAAAACCCCGUCUGACAAAGCAAGCAAAGGGAGAAAAAAAUUGCCUACAAAGUAACAAGAUAGUGUAUUGCCUGGGUUAUAAACCGACCCUGGAGGUUUUUCACAGAUCACCCUGCAAGAUGAUUUGGGCCACACAUUAAGGCCUGCUGGCUAGCCACAUAGUGUCAAAGGGGGAAAGGCUGACUUUAAAGAGAAUGACCAUCA